AUGCUUUCGCACGCCGACCUCCUGGAUGCUCGCCUCGGGAUGAAGGAUGCCGCGGCAGAGCUGCUGGGUCACAGGGAGGCUCUGAAGUGCAGGCUAGGUGGUGGAGUUGGACCUGACCCCGGCCACUCCGGCGAGCUAGCCCCGGGGCCAGACACCGUGGAGGGGACCACCAUGCUCCCUGGAGACGAUAUCAACAAUGGUGGAUCCAACCCUUCCGGCGUGCAGGCCAACAGUAAAGAGCAACAGGACAAGCAGCAGCAGAAUAACUCCAGCCAAUCCGGAGGAAGUCAGAGUCAGAAACAGAAGCGACACCGGACCCGAUUCACUCCAGCCCAACUUAACGAACUGGAGCGCAGCUUCGCCAAAACGCACUACCCAGAUAUCUUCAUGAGGGAGGAACUGGCCCUACGGAUCGGCCUAACGGAAUCUCGCGUUCAGGUUUGGUUCCAGAACCGACGCGCCAAGUGGAAGAAGCGCAAGAAGACCACCAACGUUUUCCGCGCCCCGGGAACGCUGCUGCCCACCCACCACGGCCUGCACAGUCAGUUUAACUCUGCUGCUGCCGCCGCCGCGGCCAUGGGCGACAGCCUGUGCUCCUUCCACGCCAACGACACCCGCUGGGCCACGGCAGGGAUGCCAGGCGUCUCUCAGCUGCAGCUCCCUCCAGCCCUGGGUCGCCAGCACCAGCAUGCCAUGGCGCAGUCCCUGUCCCAGUGCAGCCUGUCCGGCCCGCCGCCCAACUCCAUGGGGCUAUCCAACAUGUCGUCGAACGGAUCCGGACUCCAGUCUCACCUCUACCAGAACCCGUUCCCCGGGAUGGUCCCGGCCUCCCUGUCCGGUCCCACCAACGUGACGAGCUCUCCCCAGCUGUGUAGCUCCCCGGAAAAUGACGUCUGGAGAGGGACGAGCAUCGCCUCCCUGCGGCGAAAAGCGCUGGAGCACACAGUAUCCAUGAGUUUUACUUAGUAGUAGGCCAACCACCACAAAGCCAAGCACCACGUUUUAAGCGUUUUUCUUUUUACUUUGUCAUCUAUCAUUUUUUGUUUUGUUGUUGAACACAUCCAGCCCAAUACAGUUGGACAAGGAUGAGAAUGUCUCCAAGCAAAAAAAGAAAGGCAGCAGCAAAACAACAGCCACAGUUUUGUUGACACACUAAUACUAAAACCAAACGAUUUGAAGGUGGAUAAAUGGGUAAAUGUUUAGCUUGUUAAUUUAUGAUGUGCAUGUAUUGAUUUAUAACUUUUAUAACUUGAUUUAUUUUACAUGUAGACUAUGUAUAUGUAUUUAUUUGUUUAUCAUUUUAUUUAUUAAAAAAUAUAUAUUUAC